AAGUUGUGCUCCCUCGGAAUAUAACUUUUUUCUCCUGAAACGUAUAUUCUUGAGGCUGGUAACAUGGAGAGCCCAACACGGAAAGAAGAGAAGCAACAACCUCCAACAGCUUCUUCUUCUGAGCAAGAGCAGACAGAACAAGAAAAACUACCCAGUUUCCGUAAUCUUAUGGCUGAAAUUCAAGGAGUUUUGGAGUCGUCAACAACACAAGAAACCCCGAGUACUCAGGUAACUCAACGAAUACAGAUAAGAAAACGACCGAGAGUCGAAGCACCCUUGUAUGUAAAUAUAGAGAGCCAAGUUCCUUAUGAAAUAUCUCCAGUUUCACCAUUUCCUGGUCUGCGAACGGCUGAAUAUCCUUUACAAAGUGUUGAGCAGCUUAGAGUGGGAGAAACAACCUAUGAAGGGCGAAAGUUUGUUGAAGAGGGAACUGUUGUGCCACAAGAAGGAAGCACUUUGGAACGUUCACAUAGUGCCGCAAGGGAGGCUAGAAGACACCGCAGACAAAUCCUACAUGGCAAAGUGAAAAGUCUACAAACAGCAGCAGUGGGCGGGUUACAAAGACUCCAACCAACAGUUACCACCUCAACAGAACAAACAAGUCCAAUAAUCCCCACAGAAGUAGGAUCCCUUCGAACAACUCUCAUAUCAUCAGAAACGUCAACUUCUCCAGAGACUGAAGGAGUUGGUGAAUACGACACUAGUUCACAAGCCGUUGUCAAACCAAUUGAAACCGAAGAUCACGAAGAAAAGAAGAGCACCGAAAGUAUUAAAGAAAGUGAGGCAGGGCCAUCUUCCACUCCUUCUUUUAAAAGAGGACGUGGAAGAAAGCGAGAACAUCCCGAGUGGACAGAAGAACAAAGACAAGCUCAACGCAUUAUGAAGAAUCGCGAGGCCGCUGAACGAGCUCGUCAAAGGAGAAAAGAAAGAGAAGAAAGUUUAUUACGAGAGCUUACAAGUGCAAUAGAAAGAAAUCGUCUACUAGAAGAAGAAAUUCAAAGACUGCGAAACCUUUUGAAAGAAGUUUUACCUACUUCUAGUGGUAAAAAUUCACAAGAACGAAGCAAAUGACACACCCUAUACCUGAGUGUAU